CUGGCUCGCGCCAAGAUGGCGGACGAGGCGAGCGAGGGGCUUCCGCGCUCCGUGCUGCCGGGCCCGCUGAGGGGCGGCAGCUCCGGCGGCGGAGGCGGCUCCGGCUCCGGCUCGUCGUUCCCGACCUCGGCACCCCUUUCCGCUCCCGCCACCGCCGCCGCCGCCUCGCCGCCGCCGUCGGGGCCUCGCGUGGUGCGCAUCGUCAAGUCGGAGUCCGGCUACGGGUUCAACGUGCGCGGUCAAGUGAGCGAGGGCGGGCAGCUGCGCAGCAUCAACGGGGAGCUCUACGCGCCGCUGCAGCACGUCAGCGCCGUCCUGGGCGGGGGGGCGGCCGAGCGCGCCGGGGUGCGCAAAGGGGACCGCAUCCUUGAGGUGAAUGGUGUGAAUGUCGAAGGGGCAACUCACAAGCAAGUGGUGGACCUGAUCCGCGCAGGGGAGAAGGAGCUGAUCCUGACGGUGCUGUCUGUGCCCCCGCACGAGGCGGACAACCUCGAUCCGAGCGAUGACUCGCUGGGCCAGUCCUUCUAUGACUACACGGAGAAGCAAGCCGUGCCCAUCUCCAUCCCCACCUACAAGCAUGUGGAACAGAAUGGUGAGAAGUUCGUGGUGUAUAAUGUUUACAUGGCGGGCCGGCAGCUUUGUUCAAAGCGGUACCGUGAAUUCGCCAUCUUGCAUCAGAACCUGAAGAGGGAGUUUGCCAACUUCACUUUUCCCCGCCUGCCAGGCAAAUGGCCGUUCUCACUGUCAGAGCAACAGCUGGAUGCCAGGCGACGGGGCCUUGAGGAAUACCUUGAAAAGGUGUGCUCCAUCCGGGUCAUUGGCGAGAGCGACAUCAUGCAGGAGUUCUUGUCGGAGUCCGACGAGAACUACAAUGGUGUGUCAGAUGUAGAGCUCAGAGUGGCCCUUCCAGACAUUACGACAGUGACCGUUCGGGUCAAAAAGAACAGCACCACAGACCAGGUGUACCAGGCUGUUGCGGCCAAAGUUGGGAUGGACAGCACAACCGCAAACUACUUUGCCUUGUUUGAAGUGAUCAAUCACUCUUUCGUGCGGAAGCUGGCACCCAAUGAGUUCCCGCACAAACUCUACGUGCAGAAUUACACCUCGGCAGUGCCGGGGACCUGCCUGACGAUCAGGAAGUGGCUGUUUACUACAGAAGAAGAGGUCCUUCUGAAUGACAAUGACCUGGCAGUCACCUACUUCUUCCACCAGGCUGUUGAUGAUGUGAAGAAGGGAUACAUCAAAGCUGAGGAGAAGUCCUACCAACUGCAGAAGCUCAGCGAGCAAAGGAAGAUGGUCAUGUACCUGAACAUGUUGCGGACCUGUGAGGGUUACAACGAGAUCAUCUUUCCACACUGCUCUUGUGACUCGCGCCGCAAGGGUCACGUGAUCACAGCCAUCAGCAUCAAGCACUUUAAACUUCACGCCUGCACCGAGGAAGGCCAGCUCGAGAACCAGGUAAUAGCUUUUGAGUGGGACGAGAUGCAGCGAUGGGACACCGAUGAGGAGGGCAUGGCCUUCUGCUUUGAAUAUGCACGAGGGGAAAAGAAGCCACGAUGGGUUAAAAUCUUCACUCCUUACUUUAAUUACAUGCACGAGUGUUUUGAGCGGGUGUUCUGUGAACUGAAGUGGCGAAAGGAGGUGGAGGAAGAAGCAACAGACAAGGAUAACAAAAACUGUAGUAAAGACAGCAUGUGCAGCAAGAAUAUCUUUCAGAUGAUGCGGACACAGCACAGAGACAUUACAACUUAGCCUCGAGCCGCCUCGGACAAAAACGUAUUAUCCCUUCCCCGCCCCCUCCUGAGAAAUUAACACUUUUUAAAAGGAAAAAAGAAAGAAAGAAAGAGGGAAAAUGGUUUAUUGUAUUAAAGCCCUUAAACUAAAUAUUAAUACCAUUUGUGAAUUUCAUGUUAAGCAACUUGGGGCAGGGAACCAGCAAAGCCGUCGGAAACAAGGGAAUGGGGAGUCCAGUUUAUUACCAACACAAAUUUUGGUUUUUCUAGUGUGCCCCCUUUCCUGGAGUCCUGUUGUUCAAAGAUGGACUAUGCUGAGGGAAUUUUUUCCCUUUUUUUACAACUGGAUAUAGAAAUGUACAUCCAUUUGCACUGUUUGGACAUAUAUAUGUAUGUAUGUAAAAAUAUAUAUAUACAAACUAUCACGCACGUAUAUACAUAUAUAUAAUUUUCAUAUCAACGGCUGUUACCUUUGGAGCGCUUGUAUUUCUACAUGGAAGUGUCCUUCCUCCUGGAUUGGUUGUGGUGGUGUUUUUGUAAAAAUCUUCUGGAACAAGGGAGGAGGAAAGAAAGCAAACACUUCUUCUUGUGUGUAGGAAUUCACUGGAGCUGAAACAAAUUUUGAACACCAUCAAAAUUGAAACCAAAUUAUGAAAUCUUUAAAGAAAUUUGUAAAAAUAGGAUGAACUUCACUCCGUUUUGGAGGCUGCAGGGCAGGGCGGGGGAACUUUGAAAAGUCAGCACUUUGACAAGAAUGUUUGAUUCGGUCUGAAUCAAAAUAUCCCAGCUGUGAGUUUGUGCAAGGGGAAAACUUCAAUUCAAGACUUCAGUUUUUCAGAAGUGCAAAAUUUCCUUUCAGCUCUGGCCACCUCACAUCUUCUGGAUUUAUAACUCCUGUUUCCCCAUCUGGCAUUACAGCUUUUUGUUUUCACAUUCAUGGAUUUUCAAAGUUGGUUUCUGGGUGAAAGGUGGAGGAGAGAGAGAAUUUUUCUCCCCAUAAACAGGCUGAUGACGUGAGGAUGUGCAGAGAAGGGCAGGAGAAAUGGUCAAGGGGCCGGAGCGACUCCCCUCUGUGCAGCAGCUACAGCAACUGGGACUGUUUAGCUUAGGAAAAAGGCAAGUAAGGGGAAACAUGACAGGUGCCUAAAUUAACGCAUGGCAGGGAGAAAGUGGAGAGGGGGGAUGUUCCUCCUGUACCCCUCGGACCAGAGGCCACCCCAUGAAGCUGAUUGGUGGGACGUUUAGUGCAGGUGACAGGAAGCGCUUCUUCAUACAAUACGGUGUUAAACUGUGGUGCCAGCUGCCACGGGAAGUGGUGACGGCCACCAGUCUGGGUGGCUUAGAAGAGGGAUUGGAUGGGUCCACGAGGGAGGAGGCUGGCUGUGACUACCAGCCUUGCCGGCCGUGUGCUGCCUCCUUGACCAGGGGCAGCGGGCCUGCUUGCCACAGUUGCCGAGGAGUGUGGGCAGGAGGAGGUCUUGGACCCGUCCUCCUCCUCCUCGAGGGUUGCUGUGCCCGGCUGGCGUGCCACAGAGUGCUGGGCCAGAUGGAGUUUUGCUCCGAUCCUGCCUGGCUUCUCUUAUAUAUCAAGACCAGGUAAAAGCAUGAGCUGCGUCUUGCUGGAUCAGACUAAGGCUGGACUAGCUAACGCCUCCUUUCCCUCCCUGGCGCCUCCAGGAGCCACAGAAUCGGGGCACCCGGGGCUUGCUGUCGUGGGCUGCUGAACUUGGAAGCGCCCCACCACAGCUGUGCCCUGGGCGGUUCCCCAUCCGCCACCGCGGGCGUCUUUCACGCCCUUCCGGGGCCAUCCAGGCCAGCGACCAUCAGCACAUCCCACCGUGCCAAUGCCGUUCGCAUGCGUGUGGUGUGACUCGAGGCGCUCGCCCUUGUUCGUGUGCCUGCACGAGCCAAGCACGCAGCCCGCUCCGGGAAGGACCGUAGCUCAGCAGCAGGAAGCCCCCAACCCAACCCCAAGUUUCUUGGACUGCGGUGGGGGAAAUCCGGAGCCCAGAAAGCAGCUGCGAGCGAGUGGAGACGACAAGGCGGUGCUAAAUGGACCAGUGGCGAGGCAGCCCGUGCAGCCCCUUCCUCUCUGUGCGCGUUUUGCUGGUGAAGAAGGCACCAGAGUACUUUGAGCUGGGCCGCAGAGGAAUGUCUUAGUGAAUGCUCUCGCCACCCUGCCAGUUCGGUUCCCCCAGCCACCUCAGGUGUGUCCCAGAUUAUCUACGUUAGUUAACCAGGUGCCAUGCAUAGAAUGAAAGACACUGGUUUUCUAAACGGCCAAGCAUAAAGGGAAGGGACAGUGCGGGGUGGCUUUCAGUGAGCAGGUAAUGGCAGAAGCAAAGAGGCUUUUAAUGAAUAGUUUGAAUCUAGAUGGGGUGAGAUGGACGUUGUCUAUGGAAAACCCUUCCUUCCUCUUUGCUGCUCUUGCCAGGAUACCUCCCACCCCUGCAGCAAUGCUUCUGUUUGUCCUCGUCCCCUGUCCCCGCCCUUUUAAAAGCGCCUUUUCCCAGCCGAUCUGUCAUUCAAAGAAACCCCUGCCUCUCACCUCUGCUUUUCAGCAUUGUGCGCUUCCUUCCACAAUGGUUUUGUGCAGCCAUUAACAGAGUGAGUACUUUGAGCAGACAGCCACACUGAGUAACUACAGGCAGCUGGAGACGAGCUAGAAAACACUGAGUUAAGGAUCUGUUUGCUGGACUUUCAGUAAGUUAACCUAUUUCUUUUUGGGUGUUGUACGAUAUCUGGGGAAGGUGCAGGUCCGGGAUUCUGGGGCCAAGACGCAUUGGCCGUGAGAGUGUGAGGAGCACACAGGAGCACUAACCAAAAGAUGGGGGAAAGAGAAGUGAACACGCAAUUCUAGUGUUCUUGGCUGUGGCAAAGGAAAACCCCAAGCGAUCUUGUGAUUGUCGGGAUGUUUUCAGAGGUAUCUGUCACAGAUGGAGGUGACAUGGAAAAUACUCGCAGUUUCAUACUAACGCACCCACAUUCAGGGACUGCACUCCUGUAAGAUUUGCAGCGAACAUUUAGGACAGCAGAAGCUCCAUGGAUUAUGAUGGGAGAAGAUUCCUUGGCUUAGCGGUCACCCUGUUGGCUGAUGUGAGCAGCUCUGAGAUGCUGGGCGGGGGGGGGGGGGCCAUUGGGAAGUCUUCCUGCACAGAUUCAAUUGUUGGAAUGCUCAGGGCCGCCAUCAACUGACUAAGCUUAGUCCUCUCUAUACUAAUUGGCAUGGAUAUGGGGUUUUGUAGACUUGGAGGCCUAACUGCUCUUGUCUGAUGUCCUAGAGACUUUGCUCCUUGGCUUUGCUACUUAAGGGUCAAUGACAGCAUAAAUGACCCUCUGGGAAAUCAUUGAUGACAGGCGGGCGGCUCAUGCACAGCUCGGGGGAAACACAAUCUCACCUGGCCAGUAAACUUCAAAAUAAGAAGGAAUUCUAUCCCCCAUAUUAAUGGUCCUUCGCUUUGAGUGUUGUCUUCCUCCCACUGCCCAGCAACAGUAUCUUUCUCUCACUCCCUUCUAGUCUUAUUUCCAACACUGAAGGUAUUGGGACUAUUUUCUAGCCUGCUUGAAUGUCUCCCAGAUCCAAUCUCGGUUGCCAAAAUUCAGUGUGAUUGUGCCAUGUUGAACCAGAUCAUUUUGACCUCCUUUCCUGGGUGCUGAUCGGACCCGAGCAGUUUGGAAUGUCUGAAUCCAGUGAGAGAAAACCAGCUUGGCUUUACUUCAGCACUAUGUGGCUUGAAGCGCCAAGCGACUGCUCUCCGGGUGUUGUGCGUUUUUUAAAACACAGGUGUAAAAUGCAGCAGUGUCAGAAGUGUUGGUGGUUGGGUCAAGGCAGGCCUUCUGCUCCUGCAUGGCUGGCUGCCUCCAGGGCGCCCUGCGGGUUUCUUGAUGGGCAGCUCCCGUUAUACAUAAAUACCUCUCCAUGUUAAGUCGUUGGAGCAGGAUAAGUACACACAAGGAUGUCCUUUAGAGGCAGUCCCAUACCUGGAACAACGACUGGCUACCCACUUGCCAAAAAGACUGGUUUUGGGUUUCCUGGGGUUAGUACGUCCUCUCUUGUUUCCCUUCUGUUUACCUGGCAUCCAUCCUGAAGUAGCUUUCUGAUGGGGACCCACGGUUCAUCAAGACAGAAUCCUUUCCGGGGGAGGAGGAAGAGGGUUUGUAGGGAGGCAGGCCUGGAAGUGCACACCUUCCUCUCCUUUCCUAAACAGCUCAGUUGCCCAGAUUCUCACUCUGAGUCCCAUUUCGGACUGUGUGGCCACUUAGCCAUUUCUAGGAAGCCCCUUGCCGGGCAUUGUAGCCAUGAUCCCCCUACUGUGCACGCGUGCGUGCGUGUGUGUGUGAGAGAGAGAGGGAGAGAAUUUCCCCCUCUGCACACUGAAAGGUGCUAGCUAGGAAGAAGAAUUCUAGCCGCACCUUCCUGCCACAGUAGUGGAGGGAUUUUGCAGCCAAGUCCGAUGCUCUAGGGAAUUAAAAUGUUUCUCAGGAGCCUAGGCAGAUGGCCAAAUCCGCUUGGAGAGAAUGCUCCCACGUACUCCCCCCACCCCCAAAGUGGCCUGGCCCGUCCUUCCUUAACUGGUAUGGAAGGUGACAUUUUGCAUCAGGUAUGUGCUGAAAAGCCCCUCUGGUUGGCCUCCAGAAAUAUACUUUGCAUCUCGGUUAUUCCCCAGGAAGUGUGAGGUGUCUGACUGGAAAAGGCAAUAGUGAUUCCAGUUCCUUGCCUCAGGCAAGAUUUGCCCCUUGCUAAUCACUCUUGCCAUCCGGAUUAAAUUCAUUCUGCAGUGUGGAGACCUGAAUGUCUUGUGCAUUUAUUGCUGUUGGAUCGCUGCACAGAUUUUGCCUCUUCUCUGGCUGGACCCAGCCCCUGCUUUUCCUCCAACAUGUGCGGACUUUAAAAAGGCAUCCUUUAGGGCUGCCUUUCAUGCUGCUUCAUUUCCGAGCUCGUGACGCCGCGUCCUCCUCCUCCUCGAAAUUGAAGGAUUACUCACAAAGCCAUCCCUGCUGGCAACAGAAGCUGAGCAGGACUUUAAAUGAGUCAGAGUUUGUGUGUGUGUUCGUAGAACCAUUCCGCUUGGUGUAUCUCCUAAUCUGAAUAAUCAGAACCUGGAAUGGAUGGAGAGGCUCUUCUUCGCGGCCCGUACUGGAUAAACCUCCUAUGCCGUCAUGCAGCUCUGCUGGAAAGUUUUAGGCAAACACCGCGGGGUAGACGCAAGGUAACACGCAGCCCCCCUCCGGCAACAUUUCCAGACCAUGUCUGGUGCCAGCGUGAUGCCAAAGGACAGAGAAGCCUGAGAAAGAAGCACUGGGCCAGAUCAAAGGCCUGGCGAGUCCCUCAUUCUGUCCAGCAACUAGCCAACGAGGGGCUCGCAGCACGCAGGCAAGCCGCCCUCCGCCCUUUCCUGUUUCCGAGUGUCAGAGCUCACAUUUUGGCUGCAGAUGUCCAUUAAUCACCUCUCUUUAAAGGAUUCUUGAAGCCAGGAUGGGAUAAAGCCAGUCUCCUUUCCCCCGUAGGCCUGUGAGCCAAAUCUGCAGUUACCCCCACCACCUGCAGCCCUUUCCCCGAUUGCUGGUUUUCUGGUCUUUUCUCAGCGGCUGUCCCCCUGCCCCUCGAAUUUUAAUUGCCUCCUGAAAAUUUAAUUCCUGACAGGGAGAGCUAUAGGCUAAAUAUAGCGGCAUUUUGCCCCUGCCCCACCUUGGCUCGGAUCCCAUCCACUGCUGGAAUGCAGCCCGAGAGCUUCUGGCACUUCAUCCGGUGUUUGAGCUUGUUCAAUUUUUUUUCUUAGCCUUGAAAACUAGCACCUUACUUUAUUUUAUUUUUCUAUUUGAAGAAGAAAAGCUGAGAUUCUUGGAACGCUGAAUGCUAGGCUCCCCUGCCAAAUCAGUCGUGUUCAUUAACCUACCUUGAACCUGGAAGAGGGGAAGAUGUGAGCUGAGGCAAAUAAAAGAAUCCUUGCCCGGGACCAGGAGAAGAGAGACUUGCUUUGCAAGCUGCCUGUGUCCCGGCUGCUUUGGUGGCUACCCUGCCAAGGAGGAUGCCUUUCGGGGUGGUACUAGCAGCCAGCAUCUUGCCAAAACCUCCAGGAACAGCCUGCCAGUCUUUGUGCAGGAAGGGGAACGGCCUUCAGCAAGGCAGCAUGCACUCCGGGGGGAGAAGGUUUGGUCUCUCUGCUUUUUAGAGACGGGUUUGGGCAAGAGGGUCGGGACGGCGCCCAAAAGACCCUGAGAAGCCACUGCUGGUCACACACUGCGCCAAAUGGACCCUUGGUCCAAUUCGGUCUUAGCCAACCUCGUGCGUUUUCGAAACUCUGUUCUUUCCAAUUCUACGUUUCUGUUUCAAGUCUUACUCAGCUGUUGGUUGAGGUCUGUCCCUGCCCUAGUUGAGGGUAACGCUUGAAUUUCUCUGCAUGUGUUGCAAUUCCAUAUUUCCAAGCAAACAGUACCGGCGGCAUGUAGCGCUGGUGACACCCACUCCCCCUACCAGUUCUGUAUGUGUGCGACGGACCGACCGCCUCUUCCCCCCACACCCACCCCUGGGAUGAAGCUUUUUCUAGACAAAAUAAAGCAACAGCCCCUUCCUCAAACUAACAGCAGCUCGUGGAGAGAAACAGCUUUUGGGUUGCCCCCUUUUUCCUUUCAUGAAGAGGAAUUGUGGGUGGCUUUAAUCCAACAGUCUGCCAUCAAAAAUUAGGCUGCAAACUUUUCUCCACCUGCCCUGGAUUCCCUCUUCAUUAAAAAAAAACAAACAACACUUUUAUUGGCUUGGGCCAGUAAUUCUUACGAUCUCCAAGUUCUCUGACGCCAUGCGUAUGUCUGUCUGUGUCUGUCUCUCGCUUUUUAAUUUAUUUGAGAGAUCUCUUGUAAUUUUCAUUGCAGUAUCUUGUGUUUUUAUUUGCAGUUCUAAAUGUGAAAAAGAAAGAAAAAUAGAUGGGGGAAAGAAAAGAUUGAAAACAAAAAAAAAACAUUUUCAGCAGUGUUGCAUUCUUCAUUUUUCUUUAGAGCUAACAACUCUAAAAUUUGUUUGGUAAAAGUCAAUUAGUGUAACUAAUUGUAACAUAUUCUUUUAAAUAAAUUGAUUUAUUGAUGAAACGA